UGCCUUCUGUUGAAGGUUUUGAGUUCAAGAAAGACAAUUUAAUUUGAUUUCAAUCAACAUUUUGAAGAUUUGCUCAUCAAGAUCUAGGAAAUUACUGACACCAUUUUUUUAUGCGUUGGUUACUUUACAAUUUCGUCUUACUCCUAACGGCAACUGAAUUCUGGAGAAUGGAGAUGGCAUCAGUUGAGAAAUGUACAUCGUAAUCUUGAUAGGUUGCAUGGUCAUGCGUUUUUGUUACUCAUUUGAAGCUGUGUAAUUGGCAUAAUAUACGUAUAUAACGGUUAUUUAUUUGGGUCCAGAAGAGUUAUUUUCUGCCUAUAUUAGAACAUGUUUCAUUGGAAUGUGGGUUUCUUCAAGUGGAGAUUUCAAUAACAUCCAGUAGAAUUUAAUGUUUAAUUUAUUUAGCCACAAAGUAUGAGGUUACUUACAGGAGGCCUAAAUGGGGUGCUUGACAGGCUUGGUCAUCUGGCUUGGAGGAUGCUAUGUUGGAAUUUAAAUGAAGAACUACAUUACAGCCAAUCUAAUAGUAAUAUUAGGUGUUUGCAAAAUUGUUAAUUGGCCAGAACAUCUGCAGACCAGACCUCCAUGUCCGAGUUUUAUGUUAAUUAUUCAUCCUAAAAGAAGACGCUAAAAAGAAUAAGGGAAGUGCCAGAUCAGUUAUACAAAAGUUUGGAUGCAGUUGGUGAAGGUGAAAACUGGUGGGAGGCAGUGGAGUUACAAAAGCUGAUAUUGGCUCAUAACGACAUUGAAUUGCUGAAGGAAGACAUAAGAAACCUACCUAUGUUGUCUGUGCUGAAUAUCAGCCACAACAAGCUUUCCCACCUUCCAGCGGCUAUUGGAGAGCUCAAAUCACUAAAGGCGUUAGACGUGUCUUAUAAUUUGCUUCAUGAGAUACCUGAAGAAGUUGGAUCAGCGGCUUCUCUGAUCAAGUUUGAUUGUUCCAGCAACCAGCUUAAGAAUCUUCCUUGCUCCCUCGGAAACUGCCUGGAUCUAUCAGACCUCAAGGCCUCAAACAAUUGCCUCACCAGCUUGCCCGAAGAUUUAGGCAAUUGUUCAAAGUUGUCUAAGUUGGAUGUAGAGGGAAACAAGCUAACCGUGCUAUCUGAGAAAUCUGUUGCAUCAUGGACUUUGCUCAUGGAACUGAAUGCAGCCAAGAACGCACUUAGUGAUAUCCCUGAGAGCGUUGGAAACCUUUCACGUCUCAUUCGCCUUGACUUGCAUCAGAACAGAAUUUCAUCUAUUCCCUCAUCAAUAAGGGGCUGCUCCUCGUUGGCAGAGUUCUAUAUGGGGAAUAACUCUCUGACAUCACUACCAACAGUGAUAGGAGAACUUACGAAUUUAGGGACAUUUGAUCUUCAUUCAAAUCAGUUAACGGAGUUUCCAGUGGAGGCAUGCAAAUUGAGGCUUUCAGGUUUAGAUUUGUCUAACAAUUCACUGUCUGGGCUGCCCCCUGAGAUUGGCUUGAUGACAACUUUGAGGAAGCUUGUGCUCACUGGCAAUCCUAUACGAACUCUUAGAAGCUCAUUGGUGUCUGGACCUACUCCUGCAUUGUUGAAGUUUCUUCGAAGUAGACUUCCAGCCGAAGAAGAGGGUGGAACAUCUGGGAACAAAAAAGAAGUUAUUGCUAUGGCCUCUCGGUUGUCUCUUGGUUCAAAGGAGCUUUCUUUAGGAGGGCAUGGCUUAAAUGUUGUUCCACCGCAAGUAUGGGAGACAAGUGGCAUCACAAAAGUUGAUCUCUCUAAGAACUCAAUUGAAGUCCUACCUGUUGAACUUUCUUCAUGUGCUUCCCUUGAGACGUUGAUUUUAUCAAGGAACAAGAUCAAAGAGUGGCCAAGUGCAAUCUUGGAGUCGCUUUGCAAUCUUGUGUGUUUGAAGCUUGACAGUAAUCCACUUAGACAGAUUCCAUUGGACGGGUUCCAAGCUGCUUCCAAGCUCCAGGUUCUUGAUCUAAGUGGCAAUGCAGGUUGUUUACCUGAAUAUCCUGCAUUUUCUUUUUUGCUGCAAGUGCAGGAACUAUAUCUAAGGAGGAUGCAGAUUUCAGAGAUCAGGGGAGAUAUAUUAAGUUUGCCUAAAUUAAGGGUCCUUGAUAUGAGUCAGAAUUCCCUUCAAUUGAUUCCAGAGGGUUUUAAAGAUGCUACAUCUCUUCAGGAGCUUCGACUUUCGGACAAUAACAUCAGUGCACUUCCUCCUGAACUGGGUCUACUAGAACCAACUCUUAAUGUGUUGCAACUAGAUGGAAACCCUUUGAGAAGCAUACGAAGGCCAAUUCUUGAUUGUGGAACCAAAGCUAUAUUGAAGUACCUGAGGGAUAAAUUACCCGAUCAGUAAAACAUGUUCUCGAAAUGCAUUCCUGAACGACUAUUCGUCAAGUGAUGUGUAUUGUUUGUAUGUGUUUGUAUUUGUUUUCUUUCGAGUAUAAUGGUCUUGUAUUCUGAAGUUGGUCGACGAUGGGUACUUGUAUAACGAAAAAAUGGUCAUCGUUCUCUGGGAUAUCUAGUGUAUUUUCAAGAUUUUACACCGGUAGAGUGUUUUACGUCAUUGACAAGUUAUUUGAAAGUUAUUGAGAGAUUGUGCGGUUCGUUUUCUAUUAAGUUGUGUAUGGAUAAAGUUGUAUGUAUUGAUAAAUUUGUCUAUAAGAUAUACGAUAGAUAAAUUGAUGCUCA